AUGAGUUCUCAUACGUCGACCAAGGACCUCACCAAGGCAAUUACGGCCUUUAUAACCACGCCAUCGCUCCCUCUCCCCGAUGAUCUGAGCAAUACGAUCGAAGGAUACCUCGAAAAGCAUGAGAACUAUGACCAGGCUUCAGCGGAGAAGCUCCAAGAGGAGCUAUUGUCCAUCUUCAAUAAACAUGUGCUGGACAAUCCUCCGCGAUUCGCACCAUUCCUUGCCAUCCUGCGCCAAGUACGCCCGGCUAUCCGCGCCUCGACACAUAUACUCCAGUGGUUUGACAUAUUGAUCGAACCCGUACUCGGCUAUCUCGGGCAGGAAAAGAGACUUGCCAUGGAAGCGCUGUCCAACAUUGAAAGUCUUUUGAUUGCCGACGGCGAUGAUCAAGAAGCCGAGGAACACACAACAACACCAAACCCUGUCGUGGAGCGUCUCUUUGAGAAAUGGGUGGCUCUCGCUAGGCUUGCGCAGGAUGACAGUCCUGACGCUGCUUUCCAUGAACGUUUUGGGCGCGAGGCAGCUCUUCGAUGUGGCAAGAAGAGGCCUCGGAGUUUCUUCCUAGCGCUAGACCGGGCGUUUAGGAAGAAGGAACUCCGUAGCCGAACGCUUGUGUUGCUGUGCGAGUUUGUCCAGACUCAGCCAGCCCACCUCUACGUCGCCCAGAAGACACCACUCUUCGAAGACCUUCUACGUUGUCUUCAGACCGAUACCUCCACUACUGUCGUGUCGCUCGCCCUCUCGGCACUGAUCAUGCUGUUACCCAACAUGCCGAGCUCAUUGGUUCCUUACCUGCCCGCCUUGUUCAACAUCUAUGCCAGGCUACUCUUCUGGGAUAGAGAGCGGGCUGUCGCACUGGAUGAGACGCAGACAGCCUCGAAGCAGGAGAACACGGACAGCGCCACUGACUGGGAGAUCUGCACAUACUCGCCAGAUACGGACGGUAAUCACAUCCAGUAUCUCCUUGGCUACUUUACGAUUCUGUACGGCCUCUACCCACUAAACUUUAUCGAAUACAUCCGGAAACCGCAGCGAUAUCUUAGGCAUGCCAAUGCAUCAGGCGUUGAUGACAUUGAGGUGCAGCCGUCCGAGAUCCGCCACAGAUCUGAGCGAUAUAGGCAAUGGCACUUACUUCAUCCCAACUUCUAUAGCAUGACGAUCGACUCGGAAAAGACCGACUUCAGCCGGUGGAUCAAGAGCGAGCCAGCGGAUGUAGUUGCCGAGUGUAUGGCUCUCUGCCUCCCUCUAGAGUCGGGGGCGAUGAGCCAUCUAGGCUCGAUCCCCUUGCGACGUUCCCCAAGCCCGCUGACCAGCGAGGAUGCCGAGAAAGAAGGCUCAGACCAUGCCUUGCUGAGCGGGUCCCUCAUGAUGCAAUCCAGUCAUGGUUUCGAUGCGCAGCAGGCCGGAUCCGGCGCUGGGGGAUCGGGACCGAGCAGCAGAGCCCAGUCCACAAUCGCACGCCAGAGUUCCGUGUCAAGUCAUCCUUCUGUGCACGAGCCCACAGAAAGCCGCAUGAAGGAGUCGGCAGCAGACAGUCCAACACUCCCGCCUCACUUGGUGUUAUCACCCUCGCAGACAGAUUUGCAGGACAUGAUCAAUUCUAACAAGGCCAUCAAGUCUGCGGGACUGCAACAACAUCUGCCAAACGAUAGUGUCCCAUCCCUGUCUUUGAGCCACCAUGAGAACAUCCCGGAAACACCGUCCGUUCGUCUGUCUGGGCCUGGACAGCCCCUGACCUCCCGUCAUGUUUCCACGGACGGCACUGACCAAGUGGCUGAACUACGUCGGGAGAUCUUGUUGCUCAAGAACGACCUCAACUUUGAGCGGUAUCUGAAGCAGCAACAUAUUGCUCAUAUCGGGACGCUACGAAGAAAGCAGGUCAAAGAAGCAGCGACCGAAGCGGAGACCCAGAAUCUCAUCAUGGCGAAUCGCAAUCUCAAACAUCGCCUAGAGGAGUCAAAAAGAGCCGAGCUGCAGACCAAGAAGGAAUCAGAGAAAAGCCGGACACUGGCCAAGAAAUGGGAAUCUGAUCUCUCGAACAAGCUGAGGCACCUUCGCGACGAACAGAAGAAGUGGAAUACGGAGGGAGCAUCGCUGAGGCGGGAUCUCGAGGCGGCCAGAGAGGAAUGCGAGAAGCUCCGUAAACUAGUCAGCAAUGCAGAAGUCAAGCAGCUGAACUCGGCGCAGACCAUGCAAUCUAUCGAAAUCAACAGCAGCGAGAUGGAGAGACUCCGCGCCGAAGUUCAACGACUUGCCGCCUUGGAGAGGGAAAAUCAAGGCAAGGCAAACACGCGCGAAGUUGCAAUGCGGGAGGCUGCUCAAAUGGAAAGCGGAGUCGAGGCGCUGAGGAUGCAGCUUCAGGCCCGGGAGACAGAACUGACCAGGACGCGAAAUCUCUACGAAGGCCAGAUCGAGGAGCUAAACAAGAAGCUUGCAGACGCGCUCGAGAGAGGCAGCGCGCCAAGCGGUGCUGGCAAGGAGGCUGCAAAAAUGUUUGAGAGUGCCCUGGCAGCCAGCCGAGCGAAGCAGUCGGAUCUGCAAAAGCAGUACAGCCUGCUGAUGCGCAAGUACACCGUCUUGCAGUCUUCGCUGCUCGACAUGACCUGCAACGCAGCGCCCUCGAGGUCCAGAAACGAUGCGGCGGCCUCGUCGGAUGCCGACGCAGAGGUCUCCGCGAUCGUCGGUAGCCCGUUGAGGACCACGACCAGCAGGACUCAGAGGAUCAUGUCUGACCCGGAUUCCUUUGAGCCGUCGUCGGCCAGUGCACUAUCACCGCUGGAAAGUUACGAAUCUGGUGGUUCGGCAGCCACGGCGAUCCAUCGCCCCGCGAGCCCUCCGGGUGGAGCCAGCCGAUCAGCCGACCUCUCCGGCGGCGCCGUAAGCGUUAGCCCGACGAAUGAGAGGUACCAUGGUAGAGGUGAGUUGUUCAAGAGCAUGUCAUUCACCGUCGACCACAAUAGACUAAUUGUGAAUGCAUCGGCAGGCGGCGUCCAGAACACGAUCCGUAAGGAUCGGAAGGACAAGAAGAAGGACGAAGGCGACAAGAAAGAGAGGAAGGGCAGCGAGGCCAGGGAUAUCCGAGGCCUUAGGGGGUUCGUCAUGAGGCAGGUGCCCUAG